GAGAGGCGAAAACACAAAUGACUGUACAAUUUUAGAUGAUACAUUUAAAUGAACAAUCAUUCUCUGCUGGGUUGCGUUGUAAAUAAUUCCGAUAUCUGAGAAAGACGGUCGCUGCGCACCAACUAUAUUUCGGCUGAGUAUCUGCAGAGCCAAGAUAACAAACUGGAUCAAGUUUCAAAAUAUCUCAAGUCCCACCCUGAAUCCAAAAGUAAUUUGAUCUAUGCCUUAUUGACCGCGACCAGCAUGGCAAUCUAUAGGCUUUACAAGAUUAACUGUCCAUGUUUGCCAGGGUACAAUUUAUACUACGGACUCAUUGUCAUGGUUGUACCCCCAUUCGUAUUCCUCUUUUUAGGUAUCGUGCUAAACGGUAAUCUUGUUUCUUUGGCUCUGGAAUUUUCAAGACCUCAAGGUAGAAGAGAAAAGAACAAGCGUGUCCUGAAGUCUCUGUUCCAGUCGGUGAUGAUUAGAGCUCUCAUAGCUCCUACGUUGUGGAUUAUUGUGAGUUUCCUCGAUGGAAAGUCUUUCGUCUGCGCCUUCAGUGAAACCUUGGAUCCAGAAGACUUUGGAGGCUUUGGUAACUUCACAGGGAUGGAUCCGGACAUAUUGUUGGCUAAAGUACCGUGUAAGAAUUUUGAGCUGCUACGCAAUUCCAAAACCAGGAAGGCGAUAUCGAGGUUUCUUAAAUGUAUCUCACAGGGUAUUGGCGUUUCGUUGCUAUUGUCCCUUAUCGUAUUGGCGUCUUUAUCUCGUAUCGUGAGCUCCUUAUUCAAUGUUACUUCGAAAAUGCAAUCCCGAUACUGGAGGCAGUUCUCUCACAUGGAAGAGAAGUGCUUUGAUAUCAAUUGUCUGGCGUACAACUAUGAAGUGGCUGAAAACAAUGUAAAGAGCUACUUUGAAACAGUCGAAAGGGAGAGUGUCGAAAGGAAACAUUGUGAUGUGGAAGAGCACAUCAUAUCCUCGGGAGAGAUGAUGCAUUACGUAGAUCAGUGGUACAAUUGUCGGCCACCAAUCGUCUAUGAAAUAAAGUGCCAAUAAAUCCUCCCAGUGUUUAUCCCCAUUAUAACAAUUCCAAUAUGUUUCUUAUUGCAGGGUUACUUCUAUGGGUUCUUCACAAAGUGCUGGUUAAAUAUCAUAAUCCUGAUCAAAUUAUUAAAGGUCCGAACAAA